AUGCUCUGGCCGUCGUCAAUAACCCCUCUUUUCAUCUGGGCCACCCUUUUCCCUGUCGCGUUCGUUCAUGGCGCUGAUGAUUCAGUAUUUGCCUGGCGCAGCAUUCCCCAACUGACGACUUGCCAACCAGCAUCGUUGUCCUGGUUUUAUCGCGGAGGCAGCGAAGACCUCACGAUUUCGAUAACCAACCAAGGCGUUCCCCAGUCACCUCCCAGCGCACCAACCCUGCCGCACAACCCUCCUCCAGGAAAUGGACCACCCAGAGGCGGACUAGGAAUUUUUGGAGGCGGGGGCCCAAGGCCUCAGAAAAGCGAUGGACCUGGUCGAGACGAUGGUCGGCCGCGACAUGGCCAUCAACCCGCCCGGAGAGACCUCAACCAGCCGGUCUCCGGUGCGGUCAAAGCUUCAAGCAACUCGUUUGCCUGGUCGUCCGUCAAUGUCGCGCAAGGUUAUUAUGUCCUCGUCGCGAAUCUGCCUUCAUCAAACACGGUGAAGCAAUCCAGGCCAUUUUUCGUGGCAAAUGGCAAAGAUACAUCCUGCUUAGUGGUGGCCAACCCCCCUCCUCCGCCUUCUGUACCGCCCUCCGGCCCGACAAGUGGAACGGCUACCACAUCCCCGUCUUCGAUACCCUCCAAACCCACGUCAGAACCAUCCGACUCUGCUGCUGCUGCAUCCGCUCCUGUUGCAACAACUCCUGUUCGGGUACCGGGUGGAUCAACCACCUUACGUACCGGCUCGGGAGCGCCUCCCAAGGGUGUUUCACCGACAGGUCCCGGUGACUCCUUCGCGCCUCCUUUGUCUACGAACAUGACCACCCCAGUCUCUGGUGCCUCACACUCUCGACUCAACCGUGGGGCGAUUGCUGGCGGAGUCAUUGGUGGGCUCGUUGUUGUUGCGGCGUUGCUCGCAUUUUUCCUAUAUCGUCGCUAUUCGAAGAAGUCUGCCCGCGCUCAAGCCUGGGCAGGCCUUACGUCUGGUGAACGCGCCUUCCCCCCUCCCGCGCCGAGUCCAGGGGGUGGUCGUCAUGUUCAUUCCGAAUCUGUCGGUCCAAUUCUUCUGCACGACAGCAAUGUGUAUAUGAUUGGCAACCUCACAUCUUUUGCUGGAGGCGAAAAGGAUGCAGUUGCAGACACCACCACGUCGGAGUAUGCUUUUUCGCAGGGAAAGCUGUCAUCGCCGCAACACGAAUCGCCGUUGUCGACAAAUGAUCUGCAUCCUAGCAUUGGUGCAGUUCCCAACGACGCAAUUAUACCUCUUCCAAACCCUCCAAUCAUUAGUCAGCCUUCUCCAAGGGCCCGCGCCCGUCCGCUGUCGACCCCAGCGCCAAGCUCUCCAGCACUUUUUUCGUUAGAAACAUACCCAGCUAGCCCAACCCCCCUCCCAGCACCUCCGGACAAGCGGCGCAGCUCCAGUCGGAGAAGGGCUAUCCCGCCGUGUUACAAGGAAGGCGGUCCCAGAAUACAACCCUGA